AGUGCAGUGUCGACUGUUGUGAGAAGAAGAAAAAGAAAAAGCAGACAGCAGUAGUACGACAACGAACACGACACUACAGCAACAAUGGUAGAUAGAGGUGUGCCGAUGCAGGCCAGCAGCUCCCAGUACGACUCGGUGAGCUCGGAGGUUGAUCCUUUUUUUCCUGCUGAAGACGACUCUAUUGUCGAACCCCUUGACAGAGAGGAGACUGAAAGUCUGCUAGGACCCAUGAGCGUCAAGAACCCGAAAUCGUGGGUGAACUUUGGGUCACUUCUCCUAGAAAAUACCGGGUCGGUUGCCCGUGACCACUUGGCCUCCGAGCGGACCUUUCUUGCGUGGCUUCGGACCUCAUUGAGCUUGGCGUCCGUCGGCGUUGGCGUCACACAGUUGUUGAAGUUGAGCAGCAGCAACGGUGAGUCUAAGAUGCUUCUGCGCAUGAGUAAAGGCUUAGGGUUGUCAUUCAUCCUCAUCGCCGCAAUGACUUUGGCGAUUGGGACGUCCCGGUAUUUUGUGAUCCAGCGACUGCUUACCGUGGACGAGUUCCCGGCAAGCAGGUUGGGGGUCGGAUUCGUCCUCCUCUCAGUCUUGGUCUUGUGCAUAGCCAUCUUUGUUAUCGUCAUGACCAUUUAGUGUUCUCUUUUCCUAUAUAAGAAAUCAGCAAUGAAUUCAGCAUCAUGAACUUGAAGUACAGUUCAACUUCAGCCUUAGCUUUUCGGCUUCAAAGCUAUUCCUUCUCCUUCUACGUGCUUUUUUAUAGAAUGUCCAUAGUAUGUAGCCUUAAUCAACACUUCAUCUAGG